AUGUCUUUACAUUAUACACGAUUUUAUUUAAUCAUGCAUAUUCUUAUUGGUAUAUUACUCUUCGGAUUUGAACUGUUCUAUCGUUGGAUAAUUCAAACAUAUGAAAUACAUAUUCGAAUAUGUCCGAAUGUAUUGUAUAUUGAAUUAAAACAGUUGAACAAAAUUCAAACAUUAAAAUGGUUUGAUGGUAAAAUCGAUUAUCUAACUGAAACAUUUUAUUCAAUUUAUGAUCAAUGUUCAAGUAGAGAAUUAAAAUUAAAUUUCAAUUCAACAUUUAUGUAUCUUCGAUAUUUAUGGCUAAGUAUUAUUAGUCUUUAUUCUUGUAUUGCUUUAAAACGUGCUAUAGAAGUAGAAAAACUUGAAAUGAAAUUAUCAUGA